UAUUCCCUGUUUAUUCGCUUUAGACUUGCGGCUUUAGAACGAGUUAACAGUCUGACAACGCAUCCAUAAAACCAAGCCACCUAUUUUGUGUUAUUCCUACCGUUCCUGUCCAGCUGGCUAAUGUUAGCUGUUUCCUUGUUGGAGUUGCAGCCAUUUUGGAUUUUUACCGAGAAACAACUAACGUUAGCCGGCCGUGGUCUUGGGAGCAGUGUAAGCUAGCCACCGCUCCCGUUUUCAUACCUUAACAGCGCUGUUUAUCUGCAGACAGUGACAGACGACGUUUCACGAGGGGGGAUACACUAUACAACGAGUGAACAAUGAAUCCCGAAUAUGACUAUUUAUUCAAGCUGCUCCUGAUUGGUGACUCUGGUGUUGGAAAGUCUUGCCUUCUUCUCCGAUUUGCAGAUGACACAUACACAGAAAGUUACAUUAGCACUAUUGGUGUGGACUUCAAAAUACGAACCAUAGAACUAGAUGGAAAGACCAUUAAACUUCAGAUUUGGGAUACAGCGGGUCAGGAGAGGUUUCGUACCAUCACAUCCAGCUACUACAGAGGUGCUCAUGGUAUCAUUGUAGUGUAUGAUGUCACAGACCAGGAGUCCUUCAACAAUGUCAAACAGUGGCUACAGGAGAUCGACCGCUAUGCCAGUGAAAAUGUCAACAAGCUAUUGGUUGGGAACAAGUGUGACCUGACGACAAAGAAGGUGGUGGAUUACACAACAGCAAAGGAGUUUGCAGACUCUCUGGGCAUCCCAUUCUUGGAAACCAGCGCCAAGAACGCUACCAAUGUGGAGCAGGCCUUCAUGACCAUGGCUGCUGAAAUCAAGAAGAGGAUGGGCCCCGGUGCCACAGCCGGGGGAGGGGAUAAGCCCAAUGUGAAGCUUACCCCCGGCACUACUGUCAAGCCUUCGUCAGGAGGCUGCUGCUGAGAGAAACCACUUCCACUUUGACGGCCCCCCUCUCUCUCUGCAGGCCUGUCAGCCUGGACGCCAUUCCCCUCAAACUCCACUGUGUCCCAUCAAAGCCCCACCACAACCGGACAGGACAGGGAAGACAUGAUUCUAAACAUGUCUGUGUGAGAACAAGAUGAAGUUGCCUGUAUUUGUACUGUACAUAAUAUAGCCGCACUACCAAAAACAAAUAAAGCAUCCUUCUUGUCAUACUGUCCUGUUAUUGAUGACAAAUUCUACAGAUAGGUGAUCAUUUGACCCUGACCCCCCAAACGCCCCUUAUCUCAGACCUCUCAGAAACUACUCUUUUAUUUGGCCCUCUGUGUGCAGGUUUAUGAGAAGUGUGUGUAUGUGUGUGUGUGUGUGUGUGACAGAAUGUGUCUGUCUCUCUGCAUUCCUAGUGCGGGGUUGGUAAAUGGAUCAGUUUCAUUAAGGUUCCUGUUUGUAUGUUUCUCUUUUCUUUCAUUGAUUAUUUUGCUGUUUGUGUCAGCAUGUGUCUGUCCCUAUUGGUUUUUAUUUUUCUCACCAACCUCUGCACAGCAGUGUCUCACAGUCCAGCAUCUAAAGUCUAGUGCAACAGUAUAUGUACAUAAACAUUAUGUAUAUAUUAUCUCAUAUCUGACUCACCAGUUCUGUGUUCAAUACGUUAUUGGGAUAGUCUUGACUCUUUAUCUCUGCAUUAAAUUUAUGGCUGAAGACAGCGAAGUUUGUUGCCCAACAUGUAACACUUGGAAAAUGUAACAACUGAAAAUAAAUAUUGUACAACCAGACUGUAUGGAAUGGGAGGAGCUGUCUGCGAUUCUUGAUAUGAUGUGUAGAAAACCUGUUGGAAUUAAUUUAUUCUACAUUUGGCAUAUCUGCUGCCAGUAGGGUCUGUUUGCCAAUUGCUGUGUAAUAUCAGUACACAAUUGCAUAUAUAAAAUACAAUGUUCUUGUUUUCAUAAUAAAGGCAACUGAAUUCAGUUUGAAAGGAA